AUGGAGAAAGAGACCAUGGAGACUACUCAUAUCCAGAACGUAGAGGACAGUAGCUCAGAACAACACAGCAUCGUGUCUAUGCACGAGAAGCAGGAUGCCAUUCGAUCUGAAAGCAUCUCGAAGAACCUGGAAAACGAAGCCACGCAGAUAACCCACAGCAAUGGCUGCGAAGCUGAUGCAGUCAUUGACCAACUUGAGAAAGAGCUGAAGGCUCGCGGCGAUAAAAAGGGCAUUUUCGAUAUCGAAUUCAACAACCCAAAGCACUUCACAUGGCUUCUGGUCGCUUUCGCAUCCAUGGGUGGCCUCCUCUCAGGUCUUGAUCAGUCGCUCAUCUCAGGUGCCAACUUGUUCCUGCCGGUCGACCUAGGAUUGUCGGCCCAGCAAAAUUCACUUGUUAAUGCAGGCAUGCCGCUUGGUGCUGUAGCUGGUGCGCUCAUCCUUGGACCUUGUAACGAGUGGUUUGGUCGCAGAAGGUCCAUCAUCAUAUCUUGCAUCCUAUACACUCUCGGUGGUGGACUGGAGGYCGGUGCUAUCAGCUAUGGCAUGAUCAUCUCUGCUCGGUUUAUUUUAGGCAUGGGUGUGGGCCUUGAAGGUGGCACUGUACCAGUGUAUGUUGCCGAGACUGUUGAACGCCGACUUCGUGGAAACAUGGUAUCGCUAUAUCAGUUCAACAUUGCGUUGGGUGAGGUCCUGGGGUACGAUGUUGCGGCCAUGUUCCUUCACGUAGAAGGCAACUGGCGAUACAUUCUCGGAUCAAGUCUGGUAUUCUCAACAAUAAUGUUCUUUGGAAUGCUCUUUAUGCCGGAGUCUCCUCGAUACCUAAUGCACAAAGGCCGCCCUCUCGACGCUUACAAAGUCUGGAAAAGAAUCCGUGGUGUGAGAGAUAUUGAAUCGCGAGAGGAGUUCUACUUGAUGAAGGUCGGCACCGAGCAAGAGGCCGCUGAAGUUGCUGCUGGAACUGGAUCCAGGAGAUUCCCCUGGCUGGACUUUAUCACGCAACCACGGGCUCGCAGGGCUAUCGUCUAUGCGAACGUGAUGAUAUUGCUAGGGCAAUUGAGCGGUAUCAACGCUGUGAUGUACUAUAUGUCCACUCUAAUGGCUCAGAUUGGAUUCGAUAAGUACGAAGCCAACUAUAUGUCUCUUGUGGGCGGAGGUGCCCUUCUUAUUGGAACCAUUCCAGCGAUCUUCCUAAUGGAGACUUGCGGUCGACGAUUCUGGGCCAUUGCCAUGCUUCUUGGAUUCUUCAUUGGUCUCGUUCUCGUCGGAAUCUCCUAUCAUGUCAAGAGCCUUAUGGGCAUUCAAGGAGUGUACCUGACAGGAAUCAUCCUGUACAACAUGUUCUUCGGGUCUUAUGCUUGUUUGACUUGGGUCAUUCCCAGUGAAGUCUAUCCGACUUACCUGCGAAGCUACGGAAUGGUGACAUCGGAUGCGUUACUGUUCUUGAGCUCUUUCGUGGUGACGUACAACUUUACUGCGAUGCAGAAUGCUAUGACCAAGACUGGACUCGCAUUGGGGUUCUACGGGGGCAUCGCUGUACUUGGAUGGUUCUACCAGAUCUUCUUUAUGCCUGAGACUAAAGACAAAACUUUGGAGGAGAUUGAUGCCGUUUUCCAACAGCCUACGUCUGCGCUGGUACGCCAGAAUGCUGCAAAUGCAUGGCAGACUACUAAGGAUCUCUUCUCGCUUCGCUUUAGGAAGGUCUUUAUUGAAGGUAACACUCCUCGAAGAGCUAGCAUUGUCGAAUAG